GAACUCCUGGCCAAGUUCAUGGGGAAGUUCGUCCGAGGCGCCACGGGUGACCAGAUCUCGCUGCGGAACAUGCUGUCAGGGGAGAUUUCGCUCGGGCCCGGAGUCGUAUUCGUGGAGGAGGCGCUGCAGAAGGCGCUCCUGGAUGCCGGGGGGCCUGUGACCUGGGAGGUACGUGGCGCGGAGGCGGACGUCGUGCACAUCCACGUGCCUUGGGCGCAGCUGUCGAAGCGGUCCAUCAGAGUGAACAUCGGCGAACUGAGAGUGCAGGUGACGCUGCACGACGCGGCAGACUUGGAGGUGGCGCUGCUCGGCGCGGCCGUGGAGGACGCGCCCAUGGCCCCAGAUCCUGCGGCCAGCCCAGGCGCGGCGGCAGCGCGUGCAGAGCCGGACGCGCCCCUACAGGGCUUCGGGGCACGGCAGCGCGCCAAGCUGCUGGCGGUAGCUGCCAAGAAGCGCACCAAGCUGGCGGCCAUGCGGGGGAAGACGCGCCGGCUCACAGACAGCAUCGCGUCCGGGCCACGGGUCACGGUGGGCAACCUCCGCGUCUCGUUUUUCCUGCCCAGGUCGGCAAGAUCGGCGGGCCCCAGCGGCGAGGCAGGCGAGGACGGCUUGGGGAGCACGGACGGCGAGCCGCCCGAUGAGACUCAGGAGCCCAUCGCUGAAGUGGAGGUCGCGGGUUUCUGUUUCUCGCCGUGCACGCCAGAGGGGCGCCCCACGAUGGAGCUGCGGGAGGCGCAUGGGUUGCUGGCGCCAUGGGAGGAGGCACCAGUCUUGCCGUGCGGGUUGCAGGCCUGGGCCACGCGGAACCAGGUGCGGUUUGAUCGCGGCAGCUUGCUGAUGCGGCGGUGCGGGGAGCUCCAGCGCGUGGGCUCCAUGCGGCGCGUGGUGAUGCAUGUGCGCCUUCUGGAGGGGUGCGCCCUGAGCCGCGGGGAGCUGCACGUGAUGGAUUGGGGCAGCAGCAAGUUCCUCGGAGCCUACCGCGCGGUCGAGGUCGGCAGCGCACCUUCGGCACCAGCCGCUGCCGCUGCCUGGCGCGAGGCCUGUGGUUUUGGCGACCCACGGGCCGAUGUCACGCCAGGGCCGGGCGCCCCGUUGGCGUCUGCUGCGGGCUGUGGUGACAGCUCGCCCAGGCACCCCCAGUGGGCGGACGACGAGGAUGAGCCAGACUUUUGGGCGGACCUGGAGACAGCCGAGUUGCGGGUGCUGCUGGCGCAGCUUGUUAAUUUCAACCACUCCAUCGCUCUCCUGCGACGAUGGCAAGAGCGACAGCCCUGGCGCGAGGGCCAGGUGGACGGUUCCAGCAUGUCACCCAUGGGCGCGCCCGCCGCCCCUGGGCCGGAACCAGUAUCCACCAUGGGCGCUGCUACCGCGGAGGCGGCUGGCGAGGAAGAGGACGUGGACAAGCUUCUCAAAGAGAGCUGCAAGGGCCUCCUGUCGGAGGCGCAACACAGGGCCUCGGCCAUGCAGACCACCUGCGUCGGGGCAGCCUCGCCACAGAUCGAGGCAAAGGCCAGCACUCCCGAGGAUGCAGGGCAGGCAGGCGAGGGGAGACAUGCGGCUGCAGGCGUGUCCCCGAUGCCGAGGCCGUCCACGUCUUGGAUCUACCCUGAGGUCGGCUUCGGCGCCGCGGCGCGCCGUGCGAUGCAAAAGGCGCAAAAGGCGGCCCCUGGCGCCGCAGCACGACGCGCUGCCCAGGCCCAGGGCUGGGACCUCGUCUUUGGUGGCUGGUUGCUGAAGCGUGGGAAGCUGCGGCCGCUGAUGGAUUCGUGGCAGGAGCGCUGGUGCGAGCUGAGGAAGUCUUCUGACUCCACAGAUUCUGCGCUUGCGCUGUUGUACUACGCGCGGAGGGCAGGGGCUCUCGACGGGUCCUCGGCGCCAGAGGACCGCCAGUUCCGGGGCAUGGUGGUUUUCCGCCCCGGGGACGGAACCAAGGUGCAUACCUUCGAGCAGGCAGACGCCGACUCGGAGUCGGUACACGUGGCCCGGCGUGACUUCAGCAACGGUUUCGAGCUCCUUCCAGGGGAUCCCGAUCAUGAGGGGCGCACGUUCUUCUCGGCGGCGAGACGCGUCCGUCGCGGCCGCCUGGACGUCCAAGAUCGCCGCCGAGCUGCGGGCGAUGGAGCAGGGCGCGGCGUCCGAGGCGCCAGUUGUCCAGUCCCUGGAGUCCUUCCUUGA